AGCCGCCAUCUUCUCCCACAGUGAAGUCGAGUGGAACCGUCGAUUCGAGAUCACUGGGAAUACAGAAUAAUUCGUAACGAUUUUGGAAAUAAAUAUAGGACCUAAUGUGUUAAUGGACUGCCUCGUAAUUAAUGGUUAUGUUUCUGAUAAGAUUGGUUUAGUUUUUGACCGAUCAGACAUCGCAAAGAUGGACGACGCGGCGAGGGAAGAUGCCUGUCGAGAGUAUCAGUCCUCCCUCGAAGAUUUGACAUUCAACAGUAAACCCCACAUCAACAUGCUGACCAUUCUGGCAGAGGAGAAUCUGCACUUCGCCAAGGAUAUCGUCGCAAUAAUUGAAGCACAAAUUACCAAGGCUCCAGCUGCCGAGAAGCUUCCAGUUUUGUACUUAGUGGAUUCCAUAGUGAAGAAUGUUGGAGGCGAAUACCUUGCAGUGUUUGCUAAAAACCUAGUCACUUCAUUUAUAUGUGUGUUUGAAAAGGUGGAUGAGAACACUAGGAAAAGUCUGUUCAAAUUGCGCUCCACCUGGGAUGAGAUCUUCCCCCUGAAGAAACUGUACGCACUGGACGUGCGGGUCAAUUCUCUUGACCCGGCCUGGCCAAUCAAACCACUACCACCUACCGUGAAUGCCAGCAUUCAUGUCAACCCUAGGUUUUUAAAACAUCCUGAGGAGGUCACUUCUCCUAGAGCACUGUCUCCUCCACCAGUGUUGUCAUCCCCUGGCCCCAAAACUGCAGUGGUUCCCAGCAUUAGUGAAAAGAGCAUAACCCAGGAGCAGGUGAUCAGGCAGCAGCUUCUGGCCAAACAGAAACAACUACUGGAGCUUCAGCAAAAGAAAAUAGAACUGGAGUUGGAGCAGACCAAAGCACAGUUGUCCUGCCCCUCUUUUAUAUUUCAGGCUGCAAAUGUGGUUCUGUCAGCACCAGCCUUAGUGCCAAAAGCCACACCGUCCUCCCCGGUCAUCAAACACUGGAUACCUCCGGUCUCUGAUCCUAAACCCCCUACAAGGGAUCCCCGCCUUAACCGAGGAGGCCCAGGGGCCCCCCAGGUCAAAGAAUCAAACAGCAGUAAGAAAGAUUGUAUGGGAACAUCAGUACAUAUACCUGAAAAACAGCUGCCAGAAAGACCCAGCAAGCCAGAGAAAACACGCCCCCCCAAGAAGGAGCACCUAGAGGUGAAAGCCAAGUCCAAGUCUCUUUCUCCCAUGCCUAAAGGAGUGCUGGGGAAGAGCAAGCACUACGAGGCUGAGAAUGUGAAGGCCACACUGGACGCCACUGGCAAGAAAGAUCCCAGACUGAGGAAACACCUCCAUGACAAGGCAGAUCCAAAAGAAGAGGAGGUGAAGGAAAAGAAGAAAAGCGCUGAUAAGGAGAAAGAGAGAGAUGAAGUGGCGAUAAAAGUGUCCAACAAGGGAAAAAUGGUGAAUGGCUUGGUAAACAAAUCCGAGCGGGAGAAACCGGAACUUGUGGAGAAACCUGAAAACCAAAUCAAAGGGAAUGCCAGGACAAACGCAAGGAAGCGCUCCCGUUCUCGCUCCCGUUCCCCCCCGCAGCACCUGCACUCCCCUAAGAGGAAGACAGAGAGGAGAUCCCCCAAACGAAGAGCUAGAAGUAUCUCCCCUUCUCCUCCUUCACAUAAACCUGGGAAAGGAGGGCGGCAGUCAGGAGGCAAACACUCUUCUCACUCUGAUGACUUUGCCCAGCAUGGGACCACCAGAGAGGAAAGAGUAACCCCCAAAAAGAGCCUAUCUGAGCCCAGGAGAGCCAAGAGGCCGGCCGAGGAGAGGCUGGUGGAGGCCAGGGAGACCCACUCUUCCCCCCGCAACCCCUCAGAGGGCAAAGAGACCAAGGAGAACAAGCGCUGGAGGAGCGGAUGGGAAGAGAACAAACAUCUGAAGUCAUCAGAGGAGGCUUAUGGAAAAGGAGCAGGUCCUCUGCUGAGACGGCCGUCGUAUUCCAGCAGCCAGAGACCGUCAACACCCCGUACCCCCAAACAGCACCGCCUCAGCGUCGAUGCUAAUCUGCAGAUCCCAGAGGCGCUCCACUCGGCCAGCAAGAGAGACCUGCUUAAAAAGGCCAGUAAGCGGCUCGAGAACGGAGAGAUCAGCAAUGAUGACUUCUUAAACGUGGCCCACCAGAUCAAGCAGCUGUUCCAGUACCAGGAAGAGAAGCUGCGAGGAGGCGGCUCCCGUGAAGGCUCCAGUGAGGAUGGCCACGGACAUCUGCACCACCUGCUGCCAACCAGGAAGAAGCCACUACUGGCCACGCCCCCCGGGGGAGUGGCCACUGGUGCAGACUUGUCCGAUGCAGAGCUCACUUACUACGAGCACAAGUCCAAGCUGAGGAGGACCCAGGUGAUGCUGAGGCAGCAGGGCCAAGAAGGGGAGGCUUGGGACGGAGAGGACAGUCAGGAUGAGGGAGAAGCCGGGCUGGAGGUACCCGUGGAGGGUCCUGGGGGUAACAGUACCGGGGGAAGCCGGGGGAGCACCGCACCCCCUUCUGGAAUAAAGUUUACCAGGUUGCCUAAAGAGCAUCCUGCCCCGACAGCCAUCAUUCAGGAGUACAGCCAUGGGAAUGAGUUCCCUAGGCUCAAGUCUCUGCCAGGUCUCCGCUUCCGGAGAAGACAAGACCCCAGGGAGACCAGCGCCACCGACAGACUCAAAGCAGGUGAACGAGAGCGUAACUCUCCCCUUAGUGAGCGGCUGCCAAAUCACAGACCACCGUAUGCUGAUAGGGAGGAGCCAAAGAGUGGCUACGAUGCCCACCCCAGGCGGUAUGGUGUCGGGCCAAUGCUGUCUGAAGACAACUCUGUCAAACCUCCAUACUCCCGCUAUGACGACCCUCGCACCCACGACCGCAAACUCCCUGGUGGCCCUUCGCUCCGGAACUCCACUAGCCCAGGCCUGGAUUGUCCUGGUAGGAAGUCCCCAGUCCCUCUACCAGUGCCUGUCUAUGAGCGGGAGCGCCUCUCCCCGUUACAGCAGUUGGACUCUGCAGAGAUGAGCCCCGCACCAUGCUUCGAGAGCCCCACCAGCGAACACUCAGAUGAUGGGCCCCUGGCCUCAGCGGAUGUCCUCCUUCCUCCUAGACAACACCACCCAGGAGGGCCCCCACGAGGCCCCCCCCCGUCUUCCAUACACAACGACUCCCCAGGACACACCCCUCCCCAUGCCCCAGAUGGUCACCAGAGAUAUGACAGUGGUCCACCCUCAUCUCGCUACGAUGGCCUCCACACAGGUCCCCAGGCAGGGUACGAUGGGCCUGGUCACAUGGUCAAGUCCAGCAGACCACACCGUGGUGUGCGGUAUGAGGGCAGCCAGGGGCCUGGGCGGUACAAUGGACCAGGGGGCCCCUCCCAUGGCCCCUCAAGAUAUGAUGAUCCUCACUCUCAGGGCCCCAACUCCUUCGAUGGCCCCCUUUUAUAUAAAGGACCAGAGAGGUUUGAUGGACCUGGAAGAUUUGACGGGUCCUCCAUUCCUCAUGUUCCAAUGAGAGGAGGGGACCCACAAGGCAUUGGAGGAAGGUUUGACGGAAGCCCGAAGCCCCAACAGCAAGGUGGGCCAUCUGGGCGAUAUGACGGUCUUAUUGCUCAGCAACCACCUGGGAGGUUUGAAGGACAGCCAUCUGGGAGGUUUGAAGGACAGGGGCCUGGGACAUUGCGUUUCGAUGGUCCCAUGCAGUCUCACCGUUUUGACUCCAUGCAACCUGGCCCUGGAAGGUUUGAAGGAGCAAUGAGGUUCCAGCAAGGCCCCAUGAGAUUUGAAGGCCCUCCAAAUCAGCCUGGCCCGAUGCGUUUUGAUGGCCCAGUAAACCCAUCCGCCCCUUUGGGGCAACCUGGCCUCAUGCGCUUUGACCCCCUGCCCUCUCAACCCCCCCAGGGCAUGCCUCAACAUUUCGACUGUCCUCCAGGCCAGCAGGGCUCCUCUAUGUUUCAUGUGCCCCCACAGGGCAUGCCACCACGCUUUGACUGCCCGCCGGGCCAGCAGGGUCCCCCCAGAUACCAUGCCACUCUCAACUCCCCGGCCCCCCCGAGGCCACUAGGCACACCUAUGUAUGACCCGGCCAACCCCGGUGGCCUUCAGCAACAGGCUAGCUUCAAACAGCCAAUGAUUGCUCCGUUCCAGACGUUCCCAGGGCAACAGACCGUGGUGGGUCAACAAGGGGCCAACUUCUCUGUGCCUCCUGGGCCACAGGCUGGUUGCAACAACCCUUACGUCAGACCAUUUCCUUUCACCCAGCCUACUCCCCAGUUUCCUCCUCCUGAGAGUCACUUUGGCCAGGUAGAUGUGAAUGACCUUCUCUCCAAGCUCAUUUCCACUGGCAUCAUCCCUAGCGGAGGUAUCAAGGCAACUCAGAGUUCUGACACAGUGCCAGCACCAAGCAGUACAGAGUCAGAAGCCACCCCACCAGCCCCUACGGUGAUUGAAGAGGAGGAAGAGGAAGAGCAGGAGGAGGACGAGAACCUCCCAGACCUCACUGGCUUUGUCAUUGACGACAUGAAACAGCGCUAUGACAGUGUGGUGACUAAGCUCUACACAGGGAUCCAGUGUUACUCCUGCGGCAUGCGCUUCACUGCAUCUCAGACGGACGUCUAUGCUGACCAUCUGGACUGGCACUACCGCCUGAACCGCUCAGAGAAGGACAUAAGCAAGAAGGUCACCCACCGUCGCUGGUACUACAGCCUCAUGGACUGGAUAGAGUUUGAGGAGAUAGCAGACCUGGAGGAGCGGGCCAAGAGCCUGUUCUUUGAGAAGGUGAAUGAGGAGGUUGUGCAGAAAACACAAGAGGCAGCCAAGGAGAAGGAAUUCCAGAGUGUUAAAGCAGCUGCAGAUGUGGUGGAUGAGGCAUGUGAGAUUUGCCAGGAGCAGUUUGAGAUGUACUGGGAGGAGGAUGAAGAGGAAUGGCACCUUAAGGAUGCCAUCAGAGUUGAUGAAAAGACAUAUCAUCCUUCCUGUUUUGAGGAUUACAAAAAUACAUCUUUGUUCCUUGACUUCACCCCGUCCCCCAACAAACUGCUGACAGAAAACCCACUAAGUGCGUUCAUAAAGCGUGAGACUGACGACUCUGCUGAGAUCACUUCCUGCCACAUUGCAGUGAAAAAGGAGGUGGAGGCUUUGUCGGCAAUAGAGAUGGCCGAUGAGGCUGAAAAUGUGAAGGAGGAAGUGCAGGUGAAAACAGAAGGAGAAAUGCAAUAGAGUGCAAUUUCCUGAAAAACAAACCAUGCUGCUUUUUUCUUUUCCUCCAACUCCUGUUUUAAGGCUGCUUUCAGCCAGCCUACCCCAACCCCAUUUCUCCCUUUGUUUUUGUAAGGAAGAGAUAUUUUUAUAUUUGACCACCACUUGAGGCAGGGCCCUCAGAUAGCCAUAACUUUGAAUACAUUUUUGUAUUUGGAAUCUUCCUGUGAAUUUCAGGUGUUCUUUUUUUGCAGUGUAAAUGAAUGAAUGAUGCAAUGAAUGCCUGAACUGAUACUUGUUCCUGAAAAAAAGGUAUACUUUUGAGGAAAACAUGUAUGUAAAAGAUUUAAUUUAUAAAUAAAGCUAUUUUUGGUAAUCUUUGUUGUAAUAUUGAUAAAAUGGUUUUGACUUUCGAAUCCUGGACAAUUGGUUUAAUGCUUUUGUCCUUUCAAGUCAAAGAAAUUGCGUGUGCGGGCGUGUGCGUGCACAUUUUGGUUGCCAUUGAGGCAAGGAUUUGGAUUUAAUUUAGAAUGUAUUAAUUUAUGACUAGUUUGGCUUCUGACGUAGCCCUAACAGUAAAUUAAUUUGGAAAGAAACGGAGCAGUUUAUCUGAAGCUGUUCUGUUUAAUUUAUCAAUGCUUAAUGUUUACAAAAGUUAAGAAGUAAUCUCUCUCCACUGGUGUACAUAGGACACAUCAUGGCUAGUGUCACAGUAAUUUUUGUUCCUGCUUAAUCAUUGCAGUUAGUUAAUCUUAGGGGUUUCUUUUUUGCAAGGUUUAAGGAAAACAAGUUUUCUUGGUUAAAAAACACAAUAAAAAAAGUCUGACAAUU